AUGUCAUCUAAUCGAAACAAAUCUUUACUCUGUGCCAAAACCAACAAAAAGGAUUGUUCUUGCAACGAACACUUCAUUUCGAUUCUUCUUCUCCUCCUCCUCCUCCUCCUUCUUCUUCUUCUUCUUCUUCUUCUUCUUCUUCUUCUUCUUCUUCUUGCCUUGUUUUUCAUUUCUCAUAUUUUUCCUAUUAUUUUCUCCUUCUACUUUCAACCAUUUUCUUCUUUUAUCGUCUUUCUCUUUUUCCUCCCCCCUUACACUUUAAACAUAUUUUCUUCUUCUUUUGUCUACGACAUUCUUCUUUCUUUGUUCAUUCCUUCUUCUUAUUUUCCUUCUUUUCUUCUUACUAUUUUUUCUCAUUUUCUUCUUCUCUUUCAAUCUUCUUUUGUUCUUCCUCUUUACCCCUUCCUUAUUUUCUUUUUUUCCGUCUGUUUCUUCUUUUUUUCUUUAUUCCUCCUUCUCUUUUCCAUCCUCUUUCGUCUUCUCCUUUUUUUCUAUCUACUUUCAUAUUUUUCUUAUUCUUUUUACCUCCUUUUCAUUCUCCUUUUUCUUCUUCUUCUUUCCCGUCUCUUCCACUCUUUUUCUUUCAGUUCCUGUUCAUUUCUCUUCUCUUUCCUCUUCUUUCUCAUCUUAUUUGAUUUUUUUUAUCUCUUUUACUCCUCUACCUCCCGCUUUCCAUUUUCUUUUUCGACUUUCUAUUCAUUUCCCUUCUUUUUGGUCUUUCUCCCUUCUUUCUUGAUGUUUCACUACUUCGCCUCUCUUCAUCAUACUUAUCUUUCUUUCUCUUUCUUUUUCCUCUUUUUUCAUUCCCCAUUUUGUUCUUUACUUUUUUCUCCCUUUUCUUCCCUUUGCUUCUUUUCUUCUUCUUCUUCCUUUUUCUCCUUAUUUGUUUUUCACUUUUAUUACAUUCUUUUUUUCCUCGUUCCGUCUUUUUCUCUAUCAUUUGUUUUCUUCUUUUUCACUCCCCCUCGACCUUCUUUCCUUUCUUCUUUUUCACUUCCCCUCGGCCUUCUUGGCUUUCUUCUUUUUCACUCCCCCUCGACCUUCUUUCCUUUCUUCUUUUUCACUCCCCCUCGGCCUUCUUUCCUUUCUACUUCUUGA